CUCAGUUUUUCCACAGGAUCGAAGUGUACGCGUGAUCCACCGCUAUUGUUUUUCACAAUCGCAACAUUUAUUCAGCAUUUUUUUCUUUGGUAAAACUUCGUUAAUAACCGACUUUACGAAGGAUCAGCAUUUCCAAUUUCAACCCUGCGCUCCGCUACUUGUGAACAGGCACCCGCAGAAAAAACGCUAUCGAUCCUCCUGAAAAACCUUGCACGUAUUACCUUUCUAAGAUUUCAAAAACUUUCACUUUCUGGUCACCCGCGUUUUCAUUCCUUUUUCAAAUUUUGCUCAAGAGAUCUAUCGGCAUUAACCCUAGGGCGAUAAAUUUUUUGACCACCUCCGAAAAAGUACUACAGCCAGAUAUCAAGCGAAAAAAUAUAGACGAGUUUUUUUUCUGCGCGAGAUCGCGUGUACGAUCAAAUAGUCGCUCCACCCACAAUAAGGUGGUCUGAUAAUCCAGCACUAUACGGGUCGUAUUUUACCUCUCGCCGCCCAUCCAUCAUUCAAAGGGGAAGACCGAAAAAUAAAAAAAAACAGCGAAGGGGAUUUGGAAAGUUUUGUUUUAUUUGACGACUCGUAAAUCUUUAUUUCACUCUCCCGAACCAGAAGAACAAUCUAAUUUCAUCCUUUUUAUUCGUCAUAGCCUAGUAGACCCCCAAGGAAUAAAACGAAAACCAUGUCGAACGCUUUGGACGCGAGCUUGGACGACUUAAUCAAGUCGAAGAAGAUGAAGGGUGCCAAGGCAAAGGCAGGGGCCGUGAAGAAGAGCGGGCAGAAGCAGAAGGGUAAAGGGAAGGGCAAGGCUGCGAAGAAAUCUGGCGCAAAGGGUGCCGGAAAAAAGGAUUCCUCCAAGAAGGUUCUUAGCUGAUUCGAUUUCCUGAUUUGCAUUUAUCGACGUAGUUCUCAUGCGUACUUAUGCCCCCUGUUUUAUUAAUGUCGUUCCACUACUGAUCCAGAUCCAGUAGAUGGGUCACGCAGGUUUGUUUGAAGCAUGAGCUAUCUGGUUUUCCUCCCUCAAGUUCGCCAGGACACGCGACGGGCUUUUUGUCGUGCCUUUGAAACGAACUUAUGAUCAGGCAUUUCGUUCACCACAGUGAGCGACUGCGAUUCGACAUGGACAAUAUUUAUUGUCAUAGAUGAACUGAUUUUUCUUGUCGAAAGUUGGCAAAUUGAAAAUGAAAAAACGAAAAGGUUUCGGCGGAAGACAAAAUGAACAUGAGCCUCGACGGGGUGAUGAAGCUGACGAAGCCGAUGAAGAAGAUGAGCACUGGGGGCGGUGGCGGGCCCAAAACCACCAGCAUGAAGAACAAGACGAGCAUGAAGAAAAUGGCCGCGGGAGCGAAGAAGUCGCUGGCCGCCAAGCGUCAACUGGUGAAGAAGCUCAAGUCCACAAAGAAGGGCAAAGGCAAGGGUAAGGGAAAGACGGCCAUAGCAAAAAAGCGAACUGUUCGCAAAACCAUCCAGAAAAAGAAGAGCGCCGGGAAGGGCUCCGCACAAAGCAGCAAGGUGAGAACAGCACGGCAUUUUAUUAUUUUGCUAAUUUCAUUUGUUCACCUUGUAAAUUGAAAUGUCGCCAGAAGCUUUGGACAAAAAUCCUUGGUAUCCUUGCAUGCUUCUCGGAGAAAAAGUAUAUAGUCACACGAACACGUCGCACAGGGCUCAAAGGGGAGCAGCUACAGCAGCCAGAAGGGCGGCAAGAACUGGGCAUCCGAGGGCAAGGGAAAGGGAAAGAAGGGCUCGUCAGGCAAGGGCUCCAGAAAUUCUUGGAACGAUGACUGGAGCGGCAAAAACUCGGGCGGAAAAAGCUACAAGGGUACUAUAUCAAACAAUAUGAGAAAGAUGAUUACGCUUGCAGGACAACAUCAAAGAUAAAAUUAAUCGAACUGACAGGAACUUGCAUAUUUGAUUUUGCAAAAUCUUUGCCCACACUUGACAAAAAUAACUGUCGUGAAUGUACAGUACACAUGAAUUUCAUCUUGUAAACAACGUCCAUCACAGGCGGCAAGGACAAGAGCUGGGGUAGCAGCUGGAACGGCGGCAAGAGUGGCUACGAUAGCUGGAACAACGACUGGGGGAAGGGCAAGGGCAACGGCUGGGGCUCUGUAAUCUACUCUACUGUAGUACACAUUUUUAUCGGUUCAACGGAAUCAUUCAUACUGGAGUGAUCUUAAUCUCUGUGUCACAUGUAGCAUUGUCGUUGAUCAUACUUACUGAAUUCAAGCCGUAAAUACGGAAUUUUAGUUGUCUUGUGGUGGUUUCACCCCAAUGCGAAGUGUGUACAGGGUGAAAAGGAACGAAAGCGAGCGUGUGCGUGUUCAGCACACAACUUUUUUUUCGUUCGAACAACAAACAGAGCAACAAGUGGGACGGAAAGAACGACGAUCGGGACUUUCUCCGGGACUCCUACAGCUCCAAGCCCUACGGCAACCGGUCACAUCUCCCGAACAGCAUUGCCAAGCACAAAGGAACGGGUAGUUUCAUCAAAGUCAUGGAUAAAAUUUUUGCCUUUCUGCUCCCUGCGCAUUUUUUCUGCCUGUGACACUUGUAGAGGAGAGCGUGUUUCUUUGUGAUGUAAAAAUGUUGUGAUACGAUUUUUUUUUCUCGGGAAAACAGGUAAAAUGAUCCAAAUCGCGAACUGCCCAGCCAACUUGGCGAAGGAGGAAUUGAAGGGCGCGUUCCAAGACGUGGGAACCGUUACGAACGUGGAACUCGACAAGAGCGCACAGGUAUUGACGAAAUUUUGUGAGUAGAUAAAGAAAGCUCGCGCUCGUCAGUGUGACAGCACCUGCAUCUUCAAGGCUACCUUCAGUUUGUGGUCACCGGAUCGAUAGAGCCAGUUGUACCACCUACUUUUUUCUUGAUGUGCUCUUCUUGAUCACGAAGAUUGAAACAAAACUAUACAGCUUGCCUGGUUGGUAUUCGAGCAGAGCCGGGAUGCGUACGAAGCCGAGCAUCAGUUUGACGGAGGGGAAAUCAACGGAAGCACGAUCAAAAUCACGAUUAUCUAA